AUGGAACCUCGCGCAGAAGAUGAAAAGCCGAACGAGGACGACGCCGUGAAGCCUACCUCGGAAGUUGACAAGGCUGCCCCUGAUACCGGCAUCGACGACGAUACCGGUACUGGUACCGAUGACACGAAAAUUGAGGAAUUUCGAGUGUCGCUCUUGAAGAAGAACAAAUCAUGGUGGAAGGACCGGUUGAAGAAAGUAAAGCCUCAGUAUCGUUUGCACACAGAGAAGCAGGUCUUACAGUGGUCUCUGCUGGCGUUGAGAUUGGGAAGCUUAGCUGAUGCCAUCUCGUCAACGAUCCUGACACCCAACUACCCCUUCAUGACUUCGCCUGGGAACCACCCAGAUUCAUUUACUUCAACUGCUCCAUUUGAAUUUACUGCAGCCUUAUACUUUAUUCCAAUGACAAGCAUGGUCGGUUCGGCCAUUUCAUCAGCUUUCAUUGGAGGUUGGAGCGACAAGUAUGGGCGACGUCCAUUUUUGCUCUUGUGCGUGGGUGUUUCCAUCUUUGGAUGCAUUGCCAAGUACUUGGCUCGGGGUAGCUUUUGGGGCUUCUGCAUUGUGAACUUCUUCAACGGGCUUUUCUCCAGCACUCUCACAGUGGCUUUGGCUUAUGUAAGCGACGUGCAUCCUGGACGGGCCGAGAAGGAUGGCGAAAUUGGUCAACUAGUUGGUCUGAAUAUGCUUGGCAUCACGGGUGGAGGAAUCAUCGCUAUUCUGAUGGAGAGCACAGGAUUGUUUACUCCUCUCUUUGUUGGGGCAGCGCUUAAUGCUGUGGCGUUUGCCUUCAUGUUCCUCUAUUUGGUUGAGCCGGAUGAAUCCCUGCACUUCACAGAAACCGUAAGCGAGGAAGACAAAGUCGGGCCUUCUACUUUGGAUGUCAAGCUGAUGUCCAACGUGAUUGCUGGAGCUGUUGUUGACAACAUUGGAUCGGCCGGAUUGUAUCCCAUGGCUCUGGCUCCACUAAUGUUUGAAACUUACUACGGGAACUUCAAAGUCCUGGAGCUUACGCCCGUCAUGAAUGAGACGGCCUACAAGUGGAUCACAAUGCUCCUUGCUCUAACCGUUGUCUUUGGAGCUGCAAUGUCAACGCCAGUAUUUCAAUGGGUUGGUCCUGCCGUUGCCUGUGUUGCGGCAAACUUGGUAACUGCCGCCGGUAUUUCAAGCUGCAUCUUGAUUGCACAACAGAUUGCGGCUACGCGUGGUAGCUUCAUUGGCUACGUUCUGUUUCUCUAUGCCAUCAAUCCAUUCACGGUACUCUCCAACCUUUCCACGGGACCAAUGCUUGAUCGAUUGUCACCGCAUGAUCGUCGAGGAUUUGUUCAGGGUAUCAACGUUACCGUGAUGAACCUUGCUCGAUCUGUCAGUCCUUUUGCCUUGGGAGCUUAUGCGGAUGCCGUGGGGACGACUUGGUGCAUGUGGACCUGUGUGUUUAUAAGUGUCCUGGCAGCCGUCGUCAAUGCUCCAUUAAUGUUCUCACCCGCGUUGGCCGUCCACAAAGCCGCUUCCGAAGAGCAUGUGGGAGGCGAAUACACGGCGCUGGAUACAGAGGAUACUGAUCAAGUGCAUCAGGUUAUGCAGGGCGACUGGGUGCCCACCAAGCUACUUUCAGAGCUCAACGAGCAUCGCUUUAGCGCUGGCUUGCCCUUUCUUUUGCCACCCAUCAGAUCCUACCAGGAGGAUAAACCCAACCUCUGCACUCUGUACAAGCAUAGUCGUGAGGACUUUGAAUUUCAGCAUUUUCGACAAUACUACUACCUCAGCCUUCAGGAUACCCCAGAAAACAAACGAAGAGUCGUGGAGCAUCUCCGCCAGUCUUGCCCUUCCAAAGAGGUUCAGAAGGAACGGGCAGAUGUAAUCGGAGAUUGGUGUGGUGAGUAUCUCUUCGAAAAUGGCUACUUCCUGGACGGUGGGCAGGUUAACUUGAUGAAACAAAUGAUCAUGCUGGCCUUCCCCAGGAUCAACGCCGACGGGGAAAUGACUGAGCAGAACAUCAGUGAAACUACUGUGCGCUUUGCCAAGGUUCUCAAUGAGUACUUCCUCAAGUCGCAACCAACACAAGCUGCACAGGCAUUCCGAAAUAGCGUCGUCAUGUGA